ACUGAUGAUGCACAACCGUCUUUUGACUGAACUCUAAAUGGCGUUGUCCCCGCUGGGGGAAGAGGAGAAGAUAGCAGCACGACAUUACCAUUUUGGGCGUUUUCCUCGGGUCGUUUGACAUGAUUAUUUAGGUGUGCGUUUCCCCGAGCUGCAGCGUGACGCUCUCCGUCGUCGUCUUUCUUUUUUUCUGCUCAUCAUCCUUUUUCCACUCUUGAGAAUUAUAUCCCCCUUUCUUCACUCUCACCCAUUUUCCCCCCACCCGUAAGUGGUGGUGUGUUGGACAGGAACAAAGCAGACAUGGUCUCAAGUCGGCCUCCGUUUCCCGGCGGGCCGGUGGAGGACGCAGAGUUCGGCAAGGUGAUAGACAUGUACGGCCGCAGCGGCACCUUCGCCGAGACUGGGCAGCCGGACGCCGAGGCUAGCGCCGCCGCCAAAACGCCGCCCCAGACCCAGCCGCUCAAGAAGGCCCUCCGCAACCGGCACAUGCAGAUGCUGGCCAUCGGGGGAGCAAUCGGAGCCGGUCUCUUCGUCGGUUCGGGCUCUGCCUUGGCAAAGGGAGGCCCGGCCUCUUUGAUUAUCUGUUACCUCGUCAUUGGAAUCAUGAUACUGUUCAUGUGCCAAGCUCUCGCCGAGAUGGCGGUGCUGUACCCCGUCAACGGGGCUUUCUUCACGUACAUUGUCCGGUUCCUGGAUCCCUCUUGGGGUUUCGCCAUCGGCUGGGAGUAUACCUUUGCGUGGCUCUCUGUUCUCCCCUUUGAGCUCAUCGCCGCGUCUAUCACCAUCGAUUUCUGGCGACAAGACAUCCACAUGGGCGUCUGGGUAACCGUGUUCCUGGUUGUCCUGGCGGCGACCCAGCUGUUCGGUGUUCGCGGCUACGGCGAAGUCGAGUUUGUGCUCAGCAUCAUCAAGAUCCUUGCCUGCGUGGCGUUUAUCGUCAUCGGCAUCGUCAUCAACUGCGGCGCCGUAGGCAAGCAAGGCUAUCUCGGCGCCAAGUACUGGCAGGACCCCGGAGCGUUCAGGGGCGGGUUCCACGGCUUCGCCAAAGUGUUCACCGUGGCCGCCUUCUCGUUUGGCGGCACCGAGCUGGUCGGGCUGGCGGCGGCCGAGUCGGACAACCCGCGCAAGGCGAUCCCAUCGGCAAGCCGACAGGUGUUCCUGCGCAUCGCCUUCUUCUACAUUGUCAACCUGUUCAUCAUCGGCCUCAUCGUCCGGUCCGACGACCCCCGGCUGCUGAGCGCGAGCGGGAGCAACACCAAGGCGUCACCCUUUGUGAUCGCCAUCCAGGAUGCGGGCAUCAAGGUGCUGCCACACAUCUACAACGGCGUCAUCACCAUCGCCGUCAUCAGCGUGGCGAACGCGUGCACGUACGGGUCCAGCCGGACGAUGCAGGCGCUGGCGGCGCAGGGCAUGGCGCCGUCGUUCCUGGCCUACAUCGACCCGAAGGGGCGGCCGCUGUGGUGCGUGCUGAUCCAGCUUGCCGUCGGGCUGCUGGCCUACGUGGGUGAGGUGGGCAAGACGGCGACCAUCAUGGCGUUUGAGUGGCUGCUCGCGCUGACGGGCCUGUCCUUCUUCUUCGUGUGGGGGUCCAUCUGCCUCGCACACAUCCGCUUCCGCUACGCCUGGAAGGCCCAGGGCUACACGCUCGACCAGAUUCCGUACAAGCCUACGUGCGGCGUCUAUGGCAGCUGGAUGGGGCUGCUAAUCUGCGUCAUGAGCCUCAUGGCUACGUUUUACACCAAUCUUUUCCCCGAGGAAGGCAAAGGACCAAACGUGGAGAGUUUCUUCAAGGCGUAUCUUGCGGCGCCGAUUAUUUUUCUCCUCUACCUCGGGUGGAAGAUUCGCACCUGGAACUGGAGACUGUAUAUCCCGGUCCACGAGAUCGACCUCAAGACGGGGCUGACGGACCUGACGCUCCACCAGGCAGAGGCCGAAGCCGAGGCAGCCUUGCCACCGAGCACGGGGAGGCUUUUGCUGGCCCGUAUUUUCAGGCGCAAGUAAGGCUUGGGCAUUGAAUCGGCUUCUUUUGUCAGGAGAGGUGAGAGGCGGAUGUGUCUAUGCAGUGACGUCCUUGAUGUUCUCGGUCCUUGUUAUUUGAUGAUAUCUAUCUGUGUUCUCUUGAAGAGUUAUCGGCGCUAGGGAUUUGCAUGUUCAUGUAUUGUUCCUGUUUUCUGUUUUCCGUGGCCUGGACUGGAUCCAAUGUUUGCCUGCGUGUCUGUCUUGUUGUUUGUAGUCCAAGAUUGGACCUGGGAAUUGGGAUUCUGUUUAUGUAGGAAUUACCGAUCAAUCAGGGUUAUACGGCUCAAUCAAGCUCAUGCAGCUGUAGAGCCUUAAUUAGUCAAACAUAUAAAGUAGUGGGGAAGCUAGGUCAGCAUAAAAGAUACCCUCUUCCUAUCCCCGUAGUUCGUGAUCCUUUUAGG